CCGCCGCCCGCCGCCCGCGCGCAACAGUUCCCCCAAAGUUGCCGCCCGGGAGGCGGGCGCGCCAGGCAGCCGGCCCGGGACGCCGCGGUGGUGCGAGCGGUACGGGCGGUGCGGGCGGGCGGCGGCAUGGGCACCCGGCAGACCAAGGGCAGCCUGGCGGAGAGAGGCAGCCCCGGCGCGGCGCCCGGGCCCCGCCGCGAUCGGCCCGACUUGUGGGCGUCGUGGCUGCUGCGCGCCGGGGACAAGGCGGGGCGCGCGGGCGCGGGCGCGGGGCUGCCCCCCUACCACCGGCGGGUCUGCAUGGUCCAGGAGCUGCUGCGGAUGGUGCGCCAGGGCCGGCGCGAGGAGGCGGGGACGCUGCUGCAGCACCUGCGCCAGGACCUCGGCAUGGAGUCGACCUCGCUGGAUGACGUCCUGUACCGCUAUGCCAGCUUCAGGAACCUGGUGGAUCCCAUCACACACGACCUCAUCAUCAGCCUGGCCCGCUACAUCCACUGCCCCAAGCCGGAGGGGGACUCACUGGGCGCCAUGGAGAAGCUGUGCCGGCAGCUGACAUACCACCUCAGCCCCCACUCCCAGUGGAGGCGGCACCGUGGACUGGUGAAGAGGAAGCCGCAGGCCUGCCUCAAGGCUGUCCUGGCUGGGAGCCCACAGGACAACACGGUGGACCUCUCCGGUAUCCCGCUGACCUGCCGUGACCUGGAGCGUGUGACCAGCUACCUGCAGCGCUGCGGGGAGCAGGUGGACAGCGUGGAGUUGGGCUUCACCGGCCUCACAGACGACAUGGUCCUGCAGCUGCUGCCUGCACUCAGCACGCUGCCGCGCCUCACCACACUGGCACUCAACGGCAACAGGCUGACCCGGGCCGUGCUGCGUGACCUCACCGACACCCUUAAGGACCCCAGCAAGUUCCCCAACGUCACCUGGAUCGACCUGGGCAACAACGUGGACAUCUUCUCACUGCCCCAGCCCUUCUUGCUCAGCCUGCGCAAGCGGUCCCCCAAGCAAGGCCAUCUCCCCACCAUCCUGGAGCUGGGCGAGGGUCUGGCUGCGGGGGAGGAGACACGGGAUGGCACAGCGAGCCAGGAAGACCCUGAAGGGAGCUCCCUGUCCCCCGUCAGCCACAGCGGGGAGACUGUAGCUGCUGCUCACACGUGACACAAAGUGGGGGUUUACCUGGGGAAUCCUUGCAGAGCAAGAGGCUAAGGCAGGCUAGGACAUGCAAGCUGUGUGUCAAACCGGACCAGGGCAGGGCAACCAUGGGGAGCCAGAUUGUAGCUGGAAGGUGUAAAACUGC